CGAGCCUGUGAAGAUGGCGGCAGCCGUUCUUAGUGGGCCCUCGGCGGGCUCCCCGGCUGGGCCUCCUGGCGGGCCCGGGGGUCUCUCUGCGGUGGGAUCCGGCCCGCGUCUGCGUCUGUUGCUGUUGGAGAGCAUUUCCGGGUUGUUACAGCCGCGAACGGGGUCCCCCGUGGCCCCCGUGCAUCCCCCAGUGCAGUGGGCCCCGCAUCUGCCCGGGCUCAUGUGCUUACUGAGGCUGCAUGGGACGGCGGGCGGGGCGCAGAAUCUUUCAGCUCUUGGGGCAUUGGUGAAUCUCAGUAAUGCACAUCUUGGCUCCAUCAAAACUCGGUUUGAAGGCCUGUGUCUGCUGUCCUUGUUGGUAGGGGAGAGCCCCACAGAGUUGUUCCAGCAACACUGUGUUUCUUGGCUUCGGAGCAUCCAGCAGGUGCUGCAGUCUCAGGACUCACCAUCUACCAUGGAGCUGGCUGUGGCUGUCCUGAGGGAUCUGCUCCGAUAUGCAUCCCAGCUUCCUACCCUGUUUCGGGACAUCUCCACCAACCACCUUCCUGGGCUUCUUACUUCCUUGCUGGGCCUCAGACCAGAGUGUGAACAAUCAGCUUUGGAGGGAAUGAAGGCUUGUGUGACCUAUUUUCCUCGGGCCUGUGGCUCUCUAAAAGGAAAACUGGCUUCCUUUUUCCUGUCUCGAUUGGAUUCCUUGAACCCUCAGCUCCAACAGCUGGCCUGCGAGUGUUACUCCAGGUUGCCCUCGUUAGGUGCUGGCUUUUCCCAGGGACUGAAGCACACAGAGAACUGGGAACAGGAGCUGCACAGCCUGCUGACCUCACUGCACAGCUUACUGGGGUCCCUGUUUGAGGAAACAGAGCCGGCUCCUGUGCAGAGUGAAGGCCCUGGAAUAGAGAUGCUGCUUUCUCCCUCAGAAGAUGGUAACACUCAUGUCCUCCUCCAGCUUCGGCAGAGGUUUUCAGGACUGGCCCGUUGCCUGGGGCUCAUGCUCAGCUCUGAGUUUGGGGCUCCUGUGUCGGUUCCUGUGCAGGAAAUCCUGGACCUCAUCUGCCGGAUCCUUGGAGUCAGUAGCAAGAAUAUUAACUUGCUUGGAGAUGGUCCCCUCAGGUUGCUGCUGCUGCCUUCUCUGCACCUUGAGGCCUUGGACUUGCUCUCUGCACUGAUCCUUGCGUGUGGAAGCCGACUUUUGCGUUUUGGUGCCCUGAUCAGCCGGCUGCUUCCCCAGGUUCUCAAUGCCUGGAGCACUGGGAGGGAUACCCUAGCUCCAGGCCAGGAGAGGCCUUACAGCGCCAUUCGGACCAAAGUGUAUGCUCUCUUAGAGCUGUGGGUGCAGGUUUGUGGGGCCUCAGCAGGUAUGCUUCAGGGAGGAGCCUCUGGAGAGGCCUUGCUCACCCACCUCCUCAGUGACAUCUCCCCUCCAGCUGAUGCUCUUAAGCUAUGCAGUACCAGGGGAAGCUCCGAUGGAGGUUUGCAAAGUGGGAAGCCAAGUGCUCCUAAGAAGCUAAAGCUCGAUAUGGGGGAAGCUUUGGCUCCACCCAGUCAAAGGAAAGGAGAUAGGAAUGCCAACAGUGACGUGUGCGCAGCUGCACUGAGAGGCCUCAGCCGGACCAUCCUUAUGUGCGGGCCUCUCAUCAAGGAGGAGACUCACAGGAGACUCCAUGAUCUAGUCCUGCCCCUGGUCAUGAGUGUCCAGCAGGGUGAGGUCCUGGGCAGCUCUCCCUACAACAGUUCCUGCUGCCGCCUCGGGCUCUACCGCCUGCUGCUGGCUUUAUUGCUGGCACCUUCCCCGCGCUGCCCUCCUCCUCUUGCCUGUGCCCUGAAAGCUUUCUCUCUUGGCCAAUGGGAAGGUAGUCUUGAGGUCUCCUCUUUCUGUUCAGAAGCUCUGGUGACCUGUGCUGCUCUGACACAUCCCCGAGUACCUCCUCUACAGAGCUCAGGCCCUGCCUGCCCCACUCCUGCCCCCGUCCCUCCUCCUGAGGCCACAUCUUCAUUCAGGGCCCCGGCCUUCCAUCCUCCAGGCCCCAUGCCCUCCAUAGGUGCUGUGCCAUCCACAGGCCCAUUGCCCUCGGCAGGCCCCAUUCCCACAGUAGGCUCUAUGCCGUCCACAGGCCAAGCGCCCUCUCGCCCCGGUCCUCCAGCGACAGCCAACCACUUAGGCCUCUCUGUCCCAGGCCUGGUAUCUGUUCCACCCAGGCUCCUUCCUGGCUCUGAAAACCACCGAGCAGGCUCCGGUGAGGAUCCUGUCCUUGCUCCUAGUGGGACCCCUCCGCCUAGCAUACCCCCAGAUGAAACUUUUGGGGGGAGAGUACCUAGGCCAGCCUUUGUCCACUACGAUAAGGAGGAGGCAUCCGAUGUAGAGAUCUCCUUGGAAAGCGACUCUGAUGACAGUGUGGUGAUUGUACCUGAGGGGCUUCCCUCCCUGCCACCUGCACCACCCUCAGGCACUCCUCCCCCUGUGGCUCCUGCUGGCCCACCAACAGCCUCCCCUCCUGUGCCAGCUAAGGAGGAUUCUGAAGAACUGCCUGCAACUCCAGGGCCUCUACCUCCACCCCCACCCCCACCCCCACCUGUCUCUGGCCCUGUGACACUUCCUCCACCCCAGCUGGUCCCUGAAGGGACUCCUGGAGGGGGAGGACCCACAGCCAUGGAAGAAGAUUUGACAGUUAUUAAUAUCAACAGCAGUGAUGAGGAGGAGGAAGAAGAGGAGGAGGAGGAGGAAGAUGAAGAUGAGGAAGAAGAAGACUUUGAGGAAGAGGAAGAAGAUGAAGAAGAAUAUUUUGAAGAGGAAGAAGAGGAAGAAGAGUUUGAGGAGGAAUUUGAGGAGGAAGAAGGUGAAUUAGAAGAGGAGGAAGAAGAGGAGGAGGAAGAGUUAGAAGAGGUAGAAGAUGUGGAGUUUGGUUCAGCAGGGGAGGUGGAAGAAGGUGGACCUCCACCCCCAACACUGCCACCUGCUCUGCCACCUACAGACUCCCCCAAAGGACAGCCCCAGGCAGAACCUGAACCUGGGCUCUUAUUGGAAGUUGAGGAGCCAGGGCCGGAGGAGGUGCCUGGGCCCGAGACUGCUCCCACCCUGGCCCCUGAAGUGCUCCCCUCCCAGGAGGAGGGGGAGCAGGAAGUGGGCAUCCCUGCAGCAGGGCCACCCCAGGAGCUUGUUGAAGAAGAGUCCUCUGCUCCCCCUGCCCUGCUGGAAGAGGCGAAUGAGGGCGGAGGUGACAAAGUGCCACCCCCACCCGAGACACCUGCAGAAGAGAUGGAGACAGAAGCAGAAGUUUCAGCUCCUCAGGAAAAGGAGCAAGAUGACACAGCUGCCAUGCUGGCUGAUUUCAUCGAUUGUCCCCCUGAUGAUGAGAAGCCACCACCUGCUACAGAGCCUGACUCUUAGCCCCUUCUGCACCCGUCACUUUGUAUCCAAUAAAGUUCUGUCUGUAGACCCUG